AUGCCCAUCGAUGUUGCCGCGUCUGUGGCCACCAUGGUUUUGGUUACCGAGCGAGCACUGCAGUAUCGAGCCUCUCCCCUUGAUCUAUCAACACUAAAAGCUGCUACAGAUGAUUUUGCUGAACACAAAAGGCUUGGCGAGGGAGGUUUUGGUGUAGUUUACAAGGGUGACCUACCUGAAGGUCAAGAAAUAGUGGUAAAGAGGCUCUCACAGACUUCUAAAGAAGGAAUAGAAGAGCUGAAAACUGAGUUAAUUUUGGUUGCUAAGCUGCACCACAAGAAUCUUCUCAGGCUUAUUGGUGUUUGCUUGGAGGAACAUGAGAAAAUACUUGUGUAUGAGUACAUGCCAAAUGGAAGUCUUGAUACCAUUCUAUCUGUGAUGGAUGGCGAGAAAUCCAAGCAGCUAGACUGGGGGAGGAGGUCCAAGAUUAUAAAUGGAGUUAUUCGGGGCUUACAAUAUCUUCAUGAAGAUUCACAACUGAAGAUAGUUCACCGGGACCUCAAAGAAAGCUAUAUCCUUCUAGACUCUUAUUACAAUCCCAAGAUCUCAGACUUCAGCUUAGCAAAGAUAUUUGAAGGCGAUCGAUCACAAAUUGUCACUCAUCGCAUUGCUGGAACAUAUGGGUACAUGUCGCCCGAAUACGCAAUGCGUGGUCAGUAUUCCAUCAAGUCGGAUGUAUUCAGCCUCGGUGUUUUAAUUUUGGAGAUCCUCACUGGAAGAAGAAGUUAUCGACCCUACGACUUGGAGCAAGACGCUGAUCUCAUAAACCUUGUGAGUAUAUAG